UUAGCCACUGUGACCCCCUUAAGCCAAAGAGUGAAUAGGGAUGAAUGAAGUCUUAUUUUAUCAAUGACGUGGACCUGUUACAAUCUAGUUUGAAGAUUCAUAUGUACAACACAAGGCAUGCGGUCCUCAAGUGGAAAUUAUUGAGGGCCUUAAUAAUGUAGACACCGUUUACAGUUUAUCCACCAUUGAUUAUUGGUGCACGUCCCAGAAUUUACCAUGAUUGUAAGAAUCAAGUUGAUCAAACCAACAUGAAUUUAUGUAAAAUAAUCUUCAAUUUGGCCCAUUAUACUUGACAAUUACACCUUGUUUGUAUUUACCGUCUUUGAUGUCUGCAAUAACCAAUUUUUGUCGUACAAAUUCUAAAAUUCUUCUUUCUUAUACUGGGGGAGGACGCCAUUCAUCUAACGCAAGUUAAUACCUAAAGGGGGAUAACUCUGAAUGGAAAUUAAAAAUAAAAUCCUGUCUGGACGAACACGACUUGUAUUUUGCCCUCCGCCAUAUUCUGCAAUGGAGAUUUACACAGACUACAGCUUGUUUGCGUAAAGAAUUAAUUCGUGACUGAAAUCGCAAAUCUGUAAUUGAUAAAACAUCUAUUCGCAUUUCCAUGGAGUCGAAUUUCGACAAAGAACAAAUCAAGCGAUCAGUUACAUACGAAACAUGAGCGAGUCUUGUGCAUUGUAACUUGAAAGGUUCCAAAAUAGAGUCAUACGCCCUUUAACAUGACGAUGUUUGUCGAAUGCAAGUGAUAAUCGACCAAUCAACACUUCAAUCGGAUUUCACGUGAUAUAAAUGAUUCCGUAACAAUUCGACGGUAAAAUAAAUAACACCUACAGUUGGGUUCCAAGCGGAAUGGACAUGAAAGAUGUGAAUGGUAUGACACCUGAUGAGGAAAUGAUAACCAAUUUUACCUGUAAAUUUUGCUCUAAAAGUUUUGAUGAGAAUACAGAGUUGAUACGUCAUCAAGUAGAUCACGUGAUCAGUGAUUAUGGAUUUUUAUGUGAAUGCGGUAAAAGGUUUAAACAAAGUUUUAAUUUCACGAGACAUCGACGAAUCCAUUCUGGCGAACGAAAACAUGUCUGCGAAGAGUGUGGGAAAGCCUUUAACGAGAAGGGGGAUUUAAUCCGUCAUGGCUUUGUACAUACCGGUCACCAUUAUAAAUUUCAGUGUCCGCAUUGCCAGAAGAAACUGACAAAUCGACCGAAUCUUAAAUAUCAUAUUAAAGUGGCUCAUGACAUCAUUGACGAUUUGGAUUGUCCAUUUUGUUUUAAGACUUUCCAAGAUCCUCAGAGUUUACAAAAUCACCAGGAAAAGGACGACUGUGGUGAAAAGUUUAGUUGCAGUAAUUGUAGUAAACAUUACCGGUCAAAGGUCGAUUUGGAACGUCAUAUCCGGUCCCAUACAGGUCAAAAACCCUUCAUUUGUUCGGACUGCGGGAAAUCGUUCAGUUUGAAAUCAUCUCUCGUUUGUCAUUCGCGAUCACAUUCCGGCACCAAGCCGUAUAUUUGUAAGCUGUGUGGGAGGGGCUUUUCUCAAAAUGGAAACAUGCAUCAACAUCAACGAAAGCAACACGGUGUAAAAAAGGCGACAAAAACAAAGCGUGGUUUAAAAGUGAAGCCAGAGCCAGAAACGUUCACGGGAAACAACAUGGAAUCGUCAUUACUAUCCAAGAAUUCACCGUCUUCUCCCCAAAAACGUUUAUCAAGCGAAAGCGUUUCAGAUCAUGACGUAGGGAAUAUGGGUGAGUCAUCAGAAACCGAUCUCUUCGACUUCAUCCUGAACUCAAACCAAUUAAAAUCUCCAAAGAAUCCCGGGGCGCUCAGUGGGAAGCGAGAGUUCAAACCCGACGGAUCUAAAAUAUCGCUAGUGAAAGAAAUCAAAUAUGUCGACUCUUCGGACGAGAAUCAAAACACGGGUGAUACUCCACAAGAGACCGUUAUUCCAAAAAUGCAAAAACUGCCCCCUAAAAUACUGAAUCAGAUUUUAAAAGGCUUGUCCAACCCUGAUCCUGGUUACCACGAACUGAGAGACGACGAUGCUGAUGUAGCAACAGAGUCAGGUGGUAAUCUAAUGGAUAUUCAGAGGUUUUUAGAUACAGAGGCCGUAGGUCAUAAACACGAGAUCUUGCAAACAAAAUGUUUAUCGGCAAAUAUCCUGGACCUAGACAUUUCCCCCAGUAAGAGUAUAAACUAUUCAACUGACUGUUUCCGGGUAUCAGAUUUUUUACCUGGACAAUAUCUUGUGAAAAUCGAAACUGAAAAUACAGCGGAUGUGUUUCGAAUGUCAACGACCCCAAGAAAAGAUAGAGCAGAAUUCACCAACAUAUCAUCUUCAGAGACAGCAGAGAAUGACGAUAACAUGGAACAAGAAGCAAGUGCUGAAUCUUUUUGUAGCGGCUUUAUAACUUCUCCAGGUUUGCUAAACCAGUUGACUUACAUCUUACAAACAGAUCCACAAACGGGUGCUGCUAGUUUCCAACAAACGGCGUCUGAUGUAUUGCAUGCUACUUAUAGUCCGAACGCUGCUGAGUUGCUUGUUAUUGAUAGUCCGCAAACAACUGCUACUGGUAGAUUGCUUAGUACUGAUAGUCCGCAAACAACGGAUACUGGUGCCUUGCUUGUAGCUGAUAUACCGGAAAUAACUGAUACCGGUGGAUUGGUUAGUACUGAAAGUCCGCAAACAACGGCUACUGGUGGCUUGCUUGUAGCUGAUAUUCCGGAAACAACCACUGCUGGUGGAUUUCUUGGUACCGAUUAUUCCAAGAAUGCCAUAAAUAAUGAAUUGUUGAGUACUAUCACAAGCAGUUGCACAGAAGAUAAUCGACAAAUAACGUGUAUUAAUAAAACAAUCCGAGAUAGGAUCCUUUCCAGACAGUUGGUUAGCAACCUUUUAGAAGUGCCUAAUACCGUUGUAGUUGUGAAGCAGGAAUCCGAAGACGAAUCUUGUACAGAAGAGACUGGUGGCAUGAAAGCAGAGUGGGAACCAAAACAGUCUAACCAAACGGAUAUUUAUCAAACUGAAACCAAAGCGCUAUCGAAAAAAAAUAAAACAUUUUGUUGUGAAGUUUGUCGUCGAUGUUUUUCACGGUUGGGGAAUUUAAAGGAACAUUUGAAGCGCCACGAAGCCGUGCGACCAUUCCACUGUGAAAUAUGUCAGGUCGGCUGUACAUCACUAAGAAGGUUGAAAGGUCACAUGCGGACACACGAUUCUGUUCGAGAUUUUAAAUGUCUAGAAUGCGGAAUGGGGUUUUAUAUACAAUCUGACCUGAUCCGCCAUUCUCGUCGUCAUACCGGCGAAAAACCGUUUCAGUGUCUAACGUGCUGUAAAUGCUUCUCUCUGAAAUCUUCUCUGGUAAUACACGAGAGACAACACAGUGGCGAGAAACCCUAUUCCUGUUCUAAAUGUAAUAAAACUUUCUCACAGAACAGCAACAUGAAACAACACAUGAAACGACAUGAUAGAUAAAUAAAACAUAAAUAUAAUCCCAUUAAAACGUACAUCCGUUUUCGUUUCGUUGUUUUGUUGUUCAUAGUUCAAAAUUUUUGUUUUACUUGUCUUUACUACACUAUAGGAUCUGGAAGAGUAGUUAUAUAACCCGCGUUCUGGAUGAUGUGAGGGAUUAGCCAAUAAAACGGUCUGUUACGGCAAGUUUUUGGCGUGAGGUGCGCGAAACUGGGAGUAACCCACUAGAAACAUGAACGCCGAUUGGUUAAUCUAAUGUCUGGUGUCAUAUGGCCAAAAGCCGCUCGUAUGACCCCUGACGCGACCCUCCACUACAAACCGAUCAGAUCUUCAUGUGUUAGAGGCCAUCGAAAGUAUAAAAAAAAACGAAACCAAAUAUAGAUCUGUAUUUAAAUCAGAUUGAACAUUAAUAAAACAUGAAACAAUUUCUUCUUUUAACCCCCCCCCCCCGGAUUUGAAGUU